GCAGGGGCGGGUGUUCUCCCACUUCGGGGUGGGUAACAAAAUAGAACCGGUGUGUUUGAGUAGUGGGAUAAGUUAGCAUUGUGGCGACUCCGCGAUGGAAAAUGUCCCCAGUUCCUGCUCCUCGUUCGCCCCCGAAGAAAAUGGACCAGAAACCUGCGACAGCUCGUCGGCGGAAGACGGGCUGGACGACGCGUUCGGAGACAUGGCCGCCCUGCCGGUGGAGGUCGGGGAGAGAAGACCGACAUGUUUACGGUGCCGUCGCCCACAGAAGGUGUGUCUCUGUCCUUUUCUCCCACCACAACCCCUGGAGGUGUCUACGUGUCUGUACGUAGUGCAGCAUCCCGCAGAGGAGAGCAGAGUUCUCCGCACGGUGCCCCUACUCGCUGCUUGUUUGCCUCAAGGGAAAUGCAAUGUCAUAGUUGGAAGGAGAUUCAGUGAGCGAAAGCACCCAGAGCUGGCUGCAUUGUGUCAGGACAGCAGGACGCUGAUCUUGUACCCAGGCCCGGAAUCGCAGAACCUGGAGGAGUUGGUGAAAUACCAAGAAGUGGGCAGCGUAGAACACAACAUCAUCAUCAUAGACGGCACCUGGAGCCAGGCGAAAAACAUGUUCCUCAAAAACAGCCUGUUCCACCUGCCUAAACAGGUGCAGCUCAACAGGGAUCUGUGCAGUCAGUACGUGAUCCGCACACAACCCUCUAACAUCUGUCUGUCCACGCUGGAAUGUGCUGCUGUCGCCCUGUCCAUCCUGGAGCAGAAUGACAACAUCCAAGAGGUUCUGCUGAGGCCUCUAAAAGCCCUGUGCUCCUUCCAGCUGGAGCACGGUGCGCAGAUUCAUCACAGCAAGGAGCAUCUCCUGAAGAACGGCAUGUAUGACAAACCCAUGCCCAAGAACAAACGCAAGAUAAAGCGGAUGGAGAAGCUUGUUACUGAUCACAACAUCUGCCCAAGAUGAAGGGAGGACUGAGCAGAGACACAAGCCCAACUCAUCUCUGUAUAUACUGGACAGGACUGUAUCAUCAACAUGUAGCAGCAUCAGGGUACUGACAUGGGAACCUCUGAACUUUUGGGGAUAUUUUUUUUUCAGAUUAUUGCUGUUGGCAGGUUAAUGUAAUUUAUGUAUUUGUCAUAGACUUUUUAAAAAUGAAUGACAAAGUUGUUCAAUUGUCAUAAGGUGACAAUAAAUCAGGUUUUUGACUUUUAUGGUUUUACAAACGGUGAACACGAUUGCCUCUAACAUUUCAUAAAAAUGAUUGUGGUUGUGUUGUAAUUGACUGUAUAUGGCUGCAGCUGGUCAAAUCUCGAAGGGCUGAUUUCCCCCUUUUUUUAUACGAAACAUCUUUCAUUCAGAUAAAGUACAACAAACAUUUUAAAUGUAAUUACCAAAAGGCACUUUACACAAGGGGUGGGGGGGUUAUAUUACAUCAAAUUGCAUAAAGGUUCUCCAAAUUUGUCUCUGAGUACUUUUAGAUAUACAGUGAGCAGGUCUCAAAGUAUUAAAAUGCAUUGAAGUCAGUUUCUCCUGGCUGCUUAUUUAAGCAAAAAAUAAAUUGGCUCAAUUUAAUUAAUUAUAUCGUUAGGAAAUAUUGUUGUAUACUGCUGGGAAGUACGGAAAUGUGAUAUAAUAAUAAUUAUUCAAUGUAAUUCAUGUUGUCCUUGCUGAUUUUCCAUCAUACUCUUAUACUUAGGCUGGUAUGAUCAUUUGUAACGGUUAUUAAAUUGCAGUCUGUGGCAUUAAACAGGUCUCCACA